AUGCCCACACACAAGUCAAGAGGUUCCCCUGAAGUCAUAUUUACAUCCGUGAGCAGCACUUUUCCCAUUGGCAGCCUGGCUUCGGUCACCUCGGAGCCUGGCUUCGGUCACCUCGGAGCCUGCAGAGGUCACCUCGGAGCCUGGCUUCGGUCACCUCGGAGCCUGCAGAGGUCACCUCGGAGCCUGCAGAGGUCACCUCGGAGCCUGGCUUCGGUCACCUCGGAGCCUGCAGAGGUCACCUCGGAGCCUGGCUUCGGUCACCUCGGAGCCUGGCUUCGGUCACCUCGGAGCCUGGCUUCGGUCACCUCGGAGCCUGCAGAGGUCACCUCGGAGCCUGCAGAGGUCACCUCGGAGCCUGCAAAGGUCACCUCGGAGCCUGGCUUCGGUCACCUCGGAGCCUGCAGAGGUCACCUCGGAGCCUGCAGAGGUCACCUCGGAGCCUGGCUUCGGUCACCUCGGAGCCUGGCUUCGGUCACCUCGGAGCCUGCAGAGGUCACCUCGGAGCCUGGCUUCGGUCACCUCGGAGCCUGGCUUCGGUCACCUCGGAGCCUGCAGAGGUCACCUCGGAGCCUGGCUUCGGUCACCUCGGAGCCUGCAAAGGUCACCUCGGAGCCUGGCUUCGGUCACCUCGGAGCCUGGCUUCGGUCACCUCGGAGCCUGGCUUCGGUCACCUCGGAGCCUGCAGAGGUCACCUCGGAGCCUGCAGAGGUCACCUCGGAGCCUGCAAAGGUCACCUCGGAGCCUGCAGAGGUCACCUCGGAGCCUGCAGAGGUCACCUCGGAGCCUGGCUUCGGUCACCUCGGAGCCUGCAGAGGUCACCUCGGAGCCUGGCUUCGGUCACCUCGGAGCCUGCAAAGGUCACCUCGGAGCCUGCAGAGGUCACCUCGGAGCCUGGCUUCGGUCACCUCGGAGCCUGCAGAGGUCACCUCGGAGCCUGCAGAGGUCACCUCGGAGCCUGGCUUCGGUCACCUCGGAGCCUGCAAAGGUCAGCGCUCCUUUCCACCAUUGUCUCCGUAG